UUAAUGAAAGAAAAAAUGAAGUUUUCUGCCUUCCUUAAUGAGAUUACACGGCAAGUGCUCAGCCCAAUGAGACUUACCUCUCUUGGGGUCACGGAUGCUCAAAGACCCUGGAGCCCUGGACAGGUCUCCACCAGAUCCAGGGAGACAGACAGUAGCACUGACAAACCCAGACAGCAGAGAAGUCGUGCUGCAAGUGCAGACUCAGUUAGCUCAAGCAGGCAUUCCCAUACUAGCAAGCAUUCUAAGUCUUCUCGUCUGUCUCACUCUAAUGCUUCCCAUCAUCCCAGCGUCUGCUCCGACAGUCCAUAUGGUCAUGAAAAGCACAGACGUAGAAGCUGUUGCUCAAGAUCCCCAGCUCGUGAACAUCAAUCUCGAUUGCCUUCUCGAAAGCACUACCACCGCCAUCGUUCCAAUCACCAUAACAAUGAAGACUGCAACAGCCCAGGUCAUCACCAACAUGAAAGAUAUGGCCAAACUACUAGUCAUCACCAUCACCAUAGACACCACAAUGCACCACAUUGCCAUCAGUCCGGAGACAAGACUCAUGAAGAUAAUUGUAGUCCAACUCAUCAUCACGAAGACCAUCAUAGUUCAAGUCAUCACUAUCACAGCCAUUCAAGCUCACGGCCUACCACUCCUCAUCUGCAUAGACGUCACAGUUCAACCAGUGACAUUGGAGAUCCUCACGGUCCAACACGUCCACAUCACCAUAGUGAGCACAAGGAUAGGCCUCAGCCCUAUGAAAACCACCGGCACUACCAUGUGGACUCCCAUAAAGAAACUAAUCGGCAUCAUCAUGGAGAUCACCACAAUCCAGGCCACCAUCACCAUGGAAGGCACCGAAGUCCUGGCCAUCGUCAUCAUCAUCAUCAUGGGGACCACCACAGUACAAGUCACCAUCACCAUGGAGACCACCAUAGCCCAGGUCACCAUCACCAUGGAGACCAUCACGGUACAAGUCACCAUCACCAUGGAGACCACCAUAGCCCAGGUCACCAUCACCAUGGAGACCACCAUAGCCCAGGUCACCAUCACCAUGGAGACCAUCACGGUACAAGUCACCAUCACCAUGGAGACCACCAUAGCCCAGGUCACCAUCACCAUGGAGACCAUCACGGUACAAGUCACCAUCACCAUGGAGACCACCACAGUGCAGGUCACUAUCAUCAUGGAAACCUUCACAGUCCAGGCCAUCAUCAUCAUGGAGGUCACCACAGUCCAGGCCGUCAUCAAGAUGCAGAACUCCACCACCAUGGAGAUGACCGCAAUGCAGGCCACCAUCAUCAUGAAGACCACCACAGUCCAGGCCACCAUCAUGACACAGAGCACCACAGUCCAGGCCACCAUCAUCAUGAAGACCACCACAGUCCAGGCCACCAUCAUGACACAGAGCACCACAGUCCAGGCCAUCAUCCUCAUGUUGACCAUCAUAAUCUGGGUCACCACCAUCAUGGUGGCAACCACAGCCCAGGUCAUCAUCAUCACCAAGACCACCACAGUCCAAGCCAUCAUCAUCAUCAUCGUCAUCAUCAUCAAGACCACGACAGUCCAGGCCAUCAUCAUGACACAGGCCUCCACAAUUCAGACCACCAUCAUCAUGGAGCUCUCCACAGUCCAGACCAUCAUCUCCACCCUAAACACCCUCACAGUCCUGACCACAGCCACACUCCAGGUCAUCAUUCUCAUCAUAAAAUCCACCACAGUCCAGACCACCAUGAACAUGGAGACCAUCACAGUCCAAGCCAUCACCACAAGGUUCAUCACAGUCAAGGCCAGAAUCAUGGGGACCAGCAUAAUCUAGACCAUUGUAAUUAUGGAGACCAGAACACUCCAGGUCAUAAUCAUGGACAUGACCACAGUCCAGGCCAUCAUCAUAAAGAACAC